GUUUGAACAGUUCCAGAGACUUGCAAAUGCCUAUUUCCUCAUUUUGCUAGUCCUGCAGCCUCUGUGAGAGGAAGUUGACAAUACCCAGGGAGAAGACUGGUAGAGAAUGCUAGAGAGCCAGCACAAGGAAAUGAAUCUGUAGGGCAGGCCCAUGUUGAGAGAGAGGGUCAGAUCACCUAACUUGCCGUGGUAAUAAAGGUGGUUUUCUCUUGUGCACUAGUUUACUAAUUCUUUUUACUUUUAUGUAUGUGCAUUGGUGGUCUGCAUGUUUGUGUGCCAUAUGCAUGCAUGGUACGUACAAAAAAAGGGCAUUAGAACCUCUAGAAUUGGAGUUAUAGAUGGUUGGUACUGGGACUUGAACCUGGGUCCUCUGGAAGAACAUCCAGCGCUUUUGACCACUGAGCUAUAUCCCUUUAAGUCUUGCCAUAAAAAAAACUCUUAACACUCUACCUUCCAAUACCUUUUUUAUUGUUGAAGAAGAAAUGACUUUUUCCCAUUAGGACUAAGGAAGAGACAUUCACAACAUGUAAGUAGCAACUUGCAGCCUUUUCUUCUUUGGGAAAUGCUGCUGGGAAUUGGGGUACAAGAAGGCUACAGCAGUGAUGAACAGCUAGGACUGGGUUAUCAUUUAAACCUAAGAGGUGAAAGUAUUGAUGGAGGUAGCAAACUGGGGGAAGUAUGUUAUUCCUCACCUAAGAGCUCUUAUUUCCUUCUCCAAGUUGAUUCCUCAGAUCUCCUCCCUGGUGUGGUACACAACUGUGAUACCCCUGGUCGUGGUGCUGUCCAUAACAGGAGUGAAAGAUGCCAUCGAUGAUGUGGUGAAGUGGCUUCCUGGGCUUCCCUCACUAUACCUAAAAAGACACCAAAGCGACAAGCAAGUCAACAACCGUUCUGUUUUGAUCCUGGUGAAUGGCAGGGUUGAGAAGGACAAGUGGAUGAACGUUCAAGUGGGAGAUAUAAUAAAACUGGAGAAUGACCACCCAGUUACCGCAGAUGUACUGUUACUCUCUAGCAGUGAGCCGUAUGGUCUGACAUACAUUGAAACAGCAGACCUGGAUGGUGAAACCAACCUGAAGGUGAAGCAAGCCAUCUCUGUUACCAGUGACAUGGAGGAUAACCUGGAGCUGCUGUCUGCCUUUAAUGGAGAAAUUAGAUGUGAGCUUCCCAACAACAAGCUGGACAAGUUCUCUGGCACGCUGAGCUACCUGGGGGACACCUACUUCCUGGACCAGGAGAGGUUGCUGCUCCGAGGCUGCAUCAUCAGGAACACAGACUGGUGCUAUGGUUUGGUCAUUUACACCGGGCCAGACACCAAGUUAAUGCAGAACAGUGGACAGUCCACCUUCAAACGAACACACGUAGACCAUCUCAUGAACGUCCUUGUGCUCUGGAUUUUCCUGGUUUUGGGCACAAUGUGCUUUUUGCUAUCCAUUGGACAUGGCAUUUGGAAGAGCAACAAAAGCUACUUUUUCCAGGCAUUUCUCCCAUGGGAACAUGUUAUUGCCUCACCAGCUACAAGUCCUAUCCUCGUUUUCUGGUCCUACUUCAUAGUCCUCAACACCAUGGUACCCAUCUCCCUCUAUGUCAGUGUUGAAAUAAUAAGACUGGGCAACAGUUACUAUAUCAACUGGGAUCGGCAGAUGUUUUAUGUGCCAAGGAACACCCCGGCACAAGCUCACACUACCACUCUUAAUGAGGAACUCGGCCAGGUUCAGUAUGUGUUCUCUGACAAAACGGGAACCCUGACCGAGAAUGUGAUGACUUUCAGCAAGUGCUCUAUCAACGGGAAAACCUAUGGUUAUUGCUAUGACGCCAAUGGACAGUGUGUGCCUGUGUCUCUGAAAGACAAGGUUGACUUCUCCUACAACCACCUGGCCGACCCUAAGUUUUCCUUCUAUGAUAAUACUUUGGUGGAAGCCGUGAAGAGUGGCGAUCACCUGGUGCACUUGUUCUUCCUCUGCCUCUCACUGUGCCACACGGUGAUGUCAGAAGAGAAGGAGCAAGGUGAGCUGGUGUACCAGGCCCAGUCACCAGAUGAAGGCGCCCUGGUCACCGCUACCCGGAACUUCGGCUUUGUGUUCUGCUCCCGCUCCUCCGAGACCAUCACGGUGAUAGAAAUGGGGAAAACCCGAGUUUAUCGUCUCCUGGCGAUUCUGGACUUCAGCAAUGAGCGCAAGAGGAUGUCAGUGAUUGUUCGGACGCCUGAAGACCGGGUCAUGCUGUUCUGCAAAGGAGCAGACACCAUCAUCUAUGAGCUGCUUCAUCCAUGCUGUGCGUCCCUUGCAGAAGUGACCAUGGAGCAUUUAGAUGAUUUUGCCCGUGAAGGCCUUCGCACACUCAUGGUAGCUUACCGAGAGCUGGACAAUGCAUUUUUCCAGACAUGGAUUAAAAAGCACAAUGAAGCUUGCCUGACUUCAGAAGCUCGAGAAAGAAAACUAACUAUGGUUUAUGAAGAAAUUGAAAAAGACUUGAUGUGCCUCAGCCUAGUUGUGGGCUCGCCCCACAGCGGCACCUUAGGAAACCGGACACAGUCCUCGUGUCAGACCCAAGAUUCCAUCCAGGGAGAUGGAAAUCCCGAACGUUUCAGGUGGUCUUGGCGGGAGCCAACUGUGAACAUCACGGGGCCAGGAAACACGCUACGUUACAAGGAAGAAAUGAAGUUACUAGGAGCCACAGCCAUAGAAGAUAAGCUUCAAAGUGGAGUGCCUGAGACAAUUGUCACCCUGAGCAAAGCCAAGGUCAAAGUGUGGGUUCUUACCGGUGAUAAGCAAGAGACUGCUGUGGACACUGCGUACGCCUGUAGGAUAUUCAGGGAUGAGAUGGAUGGGGUCUUCGUGGUGGAAGGCACAGACAGGGAAACUGUUCUGCAAGAACUCAGGACAGCAAGGAAGAAGAUGAAACCUGAGUCUCUACUGGAAUCAGAUCCCAUAAACAUUUACCUCACCAGGAAACCCCAAAUGCCUUUCAGAGUACUUGACGAGGUGCCCAAUGGCAACUAUGGCUUGGUCAUCAGUGGCUACAGUCUGGCCUACGCUCUGGAAGGGGGCGCGGAGCUGGAGCUGCUGCGCACCGCGUGCAUGUGCAAGGGCGUGGUCUGCUGCCGGGUGACGCCCCUUCAGAAGGCGCAGGUGGUGAACCUGGUGAAGCGGUACAAGAAGGCGGUGACGCUGGCCAUCGGCGACGGCGCCAACGACAUCGGCAUGAUCAAAGCUGCGCAUGUUGGGGUUGGCAUCAGCGGCCAUGAGGGACUGCAGGCCAUGCUCAGCAGUGACUUUUCCUUCUGCCAGUUCCGCUAUCUGCAGCGCCUGCUCUUGGUGCACGGCCGCUGGUCUUAUAAUCGCAUGUGCAAGUUUCUCAGCUACUUCUUUUACAAGAACUUUACCUUCACCCUGGUGCACUUCUGGUACGCCUUCUACAACGGCUUCUCCGCACAGACAGUUUAUGACACCUGGUUCAUCGCCUGCUACAACAUGGUCUACACUUCCCUCCCUGUCUUGGGCCUGAGUCUGUUUGAGAAGGAUGUGAACGAAACAUGGAGUCUGUGUUACCCAGAGCUGUAUGAACCAGGACAGCACAACCUAUAUUUCAACAAGAAGGAAUUUAUAAAGUGUUUAGUGCAUGGUAUCUACAGUUCCUUCGUGCUGUUCUUUGUGCCCAUGGGGACCAUCGUAAACUCGGAGCGCAGUGAUGGAAAGGACAUUUCCGACUUCCAGACCUUUUCUCUGCUAGUGCAGACCGCCUUGAUCUGGGUGAUGACAAUGCAGAUUGCCCUGAACACAACCUCCUGGACGGUGAUAAACCACACCUUCACCUGGGGCAGCCUGGGGCUCUACUUCAGCAUCUUACUCGUCCUGUGCAGUGAUGGCCUCUGCCUACUGUUCCCCAGCAUCUUCCAUUUCUUAGGUGUGGCCAGGAACAGUCUUUGGCAGCCCCAUACGUGGCUGUGCCUCAUCCUCAGCACAGUGCUCUGUAUGGUCCCUGUGAUUGGAUACAACUUUCUUAAGCCACUCCUCUGGCCGGUUAAUGUGGACAAGGUUCUGAACAGGAUUCAUUUUUGCUUGAGACAUCCGCUGCCACCCCCAGUCCAGACCAAAGUAAAACACCCAAGCAUUCGACGUUCUGCCUAUGCGUUCUCCCACAAGGAGGGUUUUGGGGACCUCAUCACGUCCGGCAAGACACUGAAGUCCAGUGCCUUCAGAAACAGCAGGAAGUCCCUUUAAAAUGUAGAGGCCCUUAGGGAGACCCUCAGCCAGUCAACCAUUGCUCUUCCUCCCUUUUAUUUAUGCAACGAAGUAAAAAGGGAUUGGGGCCAUUGGGAAACGAGCAUAAACCUCUUCUCAGGGCUUCAGCUUCUUCAUUCCCCAGAAAGCUGUACCCAGGAAAGUCAAGGAAAGAGGUAACAGCCCCCAGACAUCACCCAGAGUGGCAGUAUUUCCAGAAAAAACAAGUCCAAGCCUCCCAUUAUUCCUUCCAGAUUUUAACCCAGACAGGCACAUAUGGAGGAGGUGAAGAGGGCCGUAAGGACGAAGACAGGGCACACCCAUACCCAGAGCAACUAUAAACCUUCCCAGAAGCCAUGUGCACAUAUUCCCACCCAGACACCAUUCUCAGAUUUUUCUGGAAGAUCAGGGUGCCGGGUCAGCAUCUUGCUGGCCCUAAGUAGCAAAGGAGGAGGUGACUGGGAAGAGCUGGUCUUCAGAGGCUCGAGGACAGUUUCUGGAACAAAUGGAAAAAAGAAAGAAGAAAGGAAAGAAAAUGGAGGCAUGUCGUGCCUAGACAGAACAGCUCAGAGUUUUGCCUUCAUCCCUCCUCUAGCUCCUUUAAGAACUGAUGCUUAUUCAGGCAUUAGAACUAAGAGGGGAACAAAAGCAGGUGACUGAAAAAAUAGCUUCUUAAGGGGAUGUAAGCCAUUGCUGGUGAGUGUUUGUCUUCUAUAAAAUGAUUCUGAGAAGAAAUUGUAUGUACCUGGAAAACUGUUUGAAGUUUGUGGAGAAAUAAAUGGAGAAAUAAAUUGC